AUGAGAGGGAGAGGAGGAAAACUCAGAAGGAAGUGGCUUAGCCUCAACAAACUCUUUUUUACUCCCAAAGCCUUUUUCCUCUGACCCGGCUGAGACUGCUGCUCUAAGAGGAGACCCCUGACUCAGAGAGAACCCCCGCCUGCCGUCAGAGGCUGAAAGGGCCCUGCAAGCUUUUCUCGGUUCCUGUCUAUUCCAGCAGCCCCAGAGGCUCUGAAGCCCCUCCAUGAAUCCUCAGAAGAAGGUGGACCUCAAGCUCAUCAUCAUCGGAGCCCUGGGUGUUGGAAAGACUUCCCUCCUCCACCGAUUCGUGCACAAGACAUUUUACGAGGACUAUCAGACCACACUGGGAGCCAGCAUCCUCUCCAAGAUUAUCAUACUGGAUGACACAACUUUGAAGCUACAGAUCUGGGACACAGGAGGACAGGAGCGAUUCCGCUCCAUGGUGUCUACAUUCUACAAAGGCUCUGAUGGCUGCGUCCUGGCUUUUGAUGUCACUGACGUGGAGACCUUUGAAGCCCUGGAAACCUGGAGGGGUGAUGUUCUGGCCAAAACCAUUCCAAUGGAGCAGUCCUACCCCAUGGUGGUGCUGGGGAACAAGAUUGAUCUGGCAGACCGGCAGGUGCCACAGGAGGUAGCCCAAGACUGGUGUAAAGAGAAGGAUAUUCCCUAUUUUGAAGUCAGUGCCAAGAAUGACAUCAAUGUGGUACAAGCCUUCGAGAUGCUGGCCAGUCGGGCUCUGUCAAGGGGAGGUCAUGUGCUCAUUCACACCAGCCCAGAGUAUUUGGAGAGGAAGACGUGAGAGGUGCUGCUAGAAUAAGGAGGGAGCCGCAGCCUGGGGUGGGAAGAGCUGGGCUCUGAAGCUGGGUGGGUCUGGCUUAAAUCCUGGCUCUACCUCUUACUCACUGUGUCCCUGACAAGUCAUACAGCCUCCCCUAAGCCAUCACUUCCUUCCCUUUAAAGUACAAGUAAUAGUAUCUUCUUCAUGGGGUUGUUGCCAGGGCUAAAUAAAAUAAUAUGGUAGCACAGAGAAGGCAUUAAAUAAAAGGUAGCUAUUUUUAAAUGAAAGCUAUGGCUAAGGGCUUUCAGCAGGGAAGUUUCAUGCUGCAGGGAGGAUGGGCUUGAUGUGUGGUUCAGAAGGUCCGGACAUGAGAAGAUGAAGAUGGCAAGGACGGUAUAGAUUAAAGAGACCUUGGAGGGAGAACCAUCAGGGGUUGAUGAUUAUCAAAUGUAGGAGAGAAGGAAUCAGGAGCUGUUGAGAUUGAUACCGAGGUUUCUAGCUUGGCAAACGGAGGAAUGAUUGAUUAGUGAUGCUAUAGACCAAGAUAGAAAAGAGAGGGGAAAGCAAAAGCGUCCCAAGAGGAGGAGGCAAUGGAGCACAUGGCAUUUGGGGUUCCUUGAGGUUCCUUGUAAUGUCUGAGUUCUGCCGUGAGCUCUGGAUGGAAACAGCAGCUUACAGGUAGAGCACCAGAAGAGGUACUCGGUUUACAUUUUGAAAGGAGAGAAGGUAGUUAGUUACUUUAGUUUCCCAAUCUGGCCACCUUCAAGGAUUAGGGUAUUUAGUUAUUCCAAAAUAUGACUAAGAAUGCCCUCAUAAUCAAAGAAGGGACACCCACCUGCUUUGGGGGAUUUGGGAUGACGGGAUUUUGCUCUUACCAAGUUGGCAAUACCAACCCUGCUGGGGCUGGUCAGGCCCGGCGUGAGCUGCAGCAUGGAGGCCCAGUUCCUUUUGGAUUAAUUAGAGAAAGACAAACUUGCCACAUCCGGGAGGGAAGCAGGCUGACAGGCAGGUAAGCUUAGUGAAAUUAUAGGACUUUUAUGAAGUCGUCAGGAUGUAGGAUCUAAAGUCAGGGCUAUGAGGUGACCAGGCUUGGAGGGACAGACUCCCACAGUCACAUCCCCACUGAAAUGAUGCAUUAGGAUACUAUGGUGUUACUUUACAGUUAGACAUGCACAUACUUGCUAAGACGACUGGGGUCUGGAGAAAAGAAUUACACAGGAAAUCUAAUUAUGGACUGCCAGUGACUUGGAAGGUUUGCAGGAAACCUGAGGAGCAAGAUGAUGCCAUUAUCGAGUGAAAUGAUGUCAUAAAUGGGAAGAGCUCAGAGCUGACUUGGACCUGGGGAGGAUGUGACUAUUAUUGGGUGAAGAGAGCUGGCAUGAAGACCUCAGGCUUUGCCAGUGUAAUGAACGAGGGCAUUUCUCACACCUUCAAAGGCAGCACUCUGUUCCUCGGAUAAAGUGCAAAGCAGCUCAGAAAGCCCUCAGCUUAGACUCUCCCUCCCAAAGGCUGGCAUCGAGGACAAGGCACGGGCUCUGUUCAUGAUCCCAGCUGGGCCUUCUGUGGAUGUGAGGGUGAGGCAUACCCAGGGGUGAUGAAUCAACAGGCCCUGCCCCCUGGGUCCAAAAGACCCAGCUAGGAAAGUUCCUGAUCCCAGGCAAGGUCUCUUUGAUGUUUAUGGUGAGAGGGGGACCAGGAAAGUACAAAAAUCAGAGAAUCUUUUCAAAAGCCUGUCUUUCUGGGAGAAGUGGAUCAGUCAGCUUAAAACGGGACUUAAACAAGUAAUGCUCUGCUUCUCCUUGUCCCUCCCUGUGAGGCUCAGAAGUGUCGGGAUUUUAACUACAACCAGCUCAGGGGAGUGAGCGGGCCCUGCAGAUGGGGCCAACUGGAGGACUGGAUGGUGUCCCGGGCGGUGCAGCCCCGAGCCCGCACAGCAGACCUGGGCGGUCCUGGGGGAAGGAGCCUCAGGCACCUCAGGGAAGGACUCUGCUCCUUCAGGGUGAAGGGCUGGGGAAGGCCUGUGGUGCGCGGGGCCAGGUCGGCAAGCAGUGGGCUAGGAUCCUCCCCAGCGCAGGGGAAGAUGGAACUGGGGUGUGGAGACAUCCCCAGAGGGCCAGGCUUUCACUGGGAGACACUGCCCCCCACUCCCCAACACUAAUCUUUCCUAAUGCAAAUAUAUAUAUAUAUAACAAAUAAAAUUCUAAUAGCGCCAAAGAAUUUGCUGAGGGCUACUCAAGGCCCAUCAUCCAGGCUGACUAAGGGUAGCUGGUGCUCUGCUGGCCCGGACACCCUACCAGGCAGUGGGUGAGAAAUGGGGGCUCUUCAAGGAGCAAACAGUGGGAAGAAGGGCUGGGUCCCAGGCCCGGUGCCCUGAGCUCUGUUCUGUCAGGCUAACCCACUGCUUGCUGUCUGGUGGUGGCAGCAAGUGAUGGGGCAUCAGGGGACCUUCUCAUGUGUCUUGGGGGGUGACCAUCAUGAGGGUGCCGCAGGCAGGUCUGACACAGCCUCCUGGGGUCCAGAGUCACCGGCACUAAGGGUUUGGUUGACAUUCACCAGCUGGGCACCAUGGCCGGAGCCCAGGAGCCAUGGAGGAGAAAAAAAUCAGUGCAGGCACAACCGCUCUUCUGGAAAUUGUCCCCUCAGAGGGGCACUUGAGACAGGCAGCCCCACAGGGGGCUCUGUCCAGCUCAGGUCUACACCAGCGUGUCCACUUACCCACUCACCCUCACACACACCACCAGCUGCCGGGAGAACAUGAAGGCUGGGAGCUCGGAGACUGGGGGGAGCCUUGGCCAAGGAAAGAGAUGUGAUCCCUCGAAGAAGAGACCCUUCAGUGUGUAGAACCCAUCUCCUUGAGGAAGGAUGCCCUCCCCCGCCCUCACCCUUGAACCAAGCUGGGUGGGUCAUAGGUGAGGAGUGGCCAGUGGGGUGGGGAGUGGCUUGCUAGAACGAGAAGGGGCUUUCUCUGGACAUCGUUGGGACAGGAGACUUUGGGAGGGUGGGCAAAGAAGCAAAAAGGCCCAGUAGAAACAUUGAGUCUAUUUUAGGGAGGGCUCCCUGGACAUGGGAAGUUCAGAGAAUGGUGGGAGGUUGAGAGGUGGGCACGGUGAGAGAAGGUUGGGGUGUGGGGACGUUUGCAGGGAGAGGUUUCCUGCAGAAAUGAGGAGUGGGCCGUCAUCAUCUCUGCCUGAGGGCAAACGUCACCUCAGUUGUCCCCUCUGGAGAAUGGCAAGUUACGGGACCUGGCUGGAGGUCAGGAGACCUGGGCCUCUAACGCAGCCGCCCACCUGCUCUGGGCUCCUGGGAAGGAGCUGGAGGAGGAGGUGAGGAAGGAGGGGGCAGGGAAGACUUCCUCCCCUGGGCCUCAGUCUCCCAGCUGCACAAGGUGGGGGAACAGAAAGCCCGACCACCAUUGGCCAUUAAGAACUAGAGAGCAGGUGGGGCUCUGCCUGCCAGGAUGCAAACGCUGACUCCUCUUUUCCUU